AUGACCGCCCCAUCGAGUGACUGGCGCUUCUAUGAUAGCAUCUACACCGAACGCUACAUGAAAUCCCUAACCGCCAACAGGGCAGGCUACAAUGCCUCCGCCAUAGCAAAGACAUCGGGAUUCAAGAACGUUGCGGGAGGCUUCCUCAUCCAGCAUGGGACCGCUGACGACAAUGUGCAUUUCCAGAACCCGGCCGUUCUUGUCGACACGCUGGUUUCCGCGGGCGUGGGUCCCGAGAAGAUGCGAGUGCAA